UCGAAACAAUUUGAACAAGCCAGCACAAGAAAGGAAAACCCAACACCAUAAAGAAACCCUCCAAACCCCACCAAACCCCAAUAACUCUCUAAGACAUUCCUUCAAUAACUCACACACAUACACACACACUUGAGAGAAACUUAAAAGCUAGUGAAUUAAGUAGCUAAAAGAACAUGUAUAGAUUCAGUAACACAGUGAUAGGUUUCUUGAAUCUUUUCACACUCUUAGCAUCAAUUCCAAUAAUAGGAGCUGGAUUAUGGAUGGCAAGGAGCAGUACAACAUGUGAAAAAUUCCUCCAAACACCACUCUUGUUUCUAGGUUUCAUAAUCCUCAUAGUUUCAUUGGCUGGUUUCAUAGGAGCUUGCUUCCAUGUUGCAUGGGCACUUUGGCUAUACCUUUUUGUCAUGUUGUUCCUCAUAGGGGCAUUGAUGGGGUUAACUGUGUUUGGUUUUGUGGUAACAAGCCAAGGUGGUGUAGUUGAUGUGCCUGGGAAAGUGUACAAAGAGUAUCAUCUUGACAAUUAUUCAACAUGGUUGAAGAAGAGAAUUAAGGAUCCUCAAUAUUGGAUAACUAUUAGGGCUUGUAUUUUGGGUUCCAAGACUUGUGCUACUGUUAUUACUUGGAGUCCAUAUGAUUAUCUUACCAAAGACUUGACUCCUAUCCAGUCAGGGUGUUGCAAGCCACCAACAGCAUGCAACUAUGGAUUGACAACACUGUCACAGGACCCGGAUUGUUACCGUUGGAAUAAUGACCCGAAUUUGCUGUGCUAUGAAUGUGACUCUUGCAAAGCUGGAGUUCUUGAAGAUGUGAGAAGAGAUUGGCAAAAGAUAUCUGUUCUUAACAUUGUCAUGCUCCUCUUCCUCAUUGGUAUUUACUCCAUUGGCUGCUGUGCUUUCCAAAACACUAAGCGGGCUGUAUCCGAUUACCCGCAUGGCCAAAACCGUAUGUCUAAAGUCCGACCCAGAUGGGAUUUCUACUGGUGGAGAUGGUGGCACGACAGAAGACGUCAGCUUUAUUAGACCAAAAACUUGCCAAACUCUUCGUUUAGUGCACAUCGUUCUGUAAAAGUUAAGGAUCAAAAGGGAUGUCACUUCUCUUUGUUUUCUCUUCAAUCUCAAUGAAUAUUUCAAGGAAUUAUUCCACAGCUUUUCUUUGUUUAUCACAGCUUGUUUUGAUCGCCUUUUCUGUACAAAGAAAAAGAUUUUACUAGUUACUACUACACUUUGUUUCCCA